CUUUUCCUUGAACUUCGACGUCCCUCAAGCAGAAUGGUUGAGACGUCUGUACCUAUCGAAACUCAAUUCAAGCUCGAAUCAAACCCUGUAGCAUUUUUGCCAGAAGCGCACCAAGCAACAUAUGAUGCGGUUGAAGCGCACUUCAAGACACCGGAAUUCUGCGUAACAUCUGCUGAGACUCCUUCCGCGCUAACUGAAGAGGAGAAAUUCUGGCUGACUAAAGAAUGCUUGCUAAGGUACCUCCGUGCCUCGAAAUGGAACCAAGCAACGGCUAUCAAGCGGCUCGAAAGUAGUCUCUCAUGGAGAAGAGACUAUGGCUUAUAUUCAUUCCUUAAUGCUGAACUGGUUGAACCAGAGGCUGUGACGGGCAAGAUGAUCACUUUCGGUUUUGACAACGAUGGAAGACCCGCUGUCUAUAUGCUUCCUAGUCGACAGAAUACGACGGAGAGCGAAAGACAGCUCCAAUUCUGCUUCUGGCUUAUGGAACGCUGUAUUGAUAUCAUGCCCCCCGGCGUCGAGACUUUUACUUAUCUCAUAGAUUUCUCUGAUAAGGGGACGAAUCCAAGCUUGGGUACUGCACGCAAGAUGUUGGAUAUCCUUCAGAACCAUUACCCUGAGCGCUUGGGCCGUGCGCUGAUCAUCAAUGUCCCUUUCCUAAUCAAUGCCUUCUUCAAACUCAUAAUGCCUUUCGUGGACUCGAACACCAGGGUAAAGAUUAAGUUUAACCCCGAAGUCAUCGAAGAAAAUAUUUUCUCAAAGGAAAUGGUCACCCACGCAUGGGGUGGAGAAGUCAAUUUCGUUUGGGAUCAUUCAAAGUACUGGCCGAAUUUAAUCCUAAUGGCAGAAGCUCACCGGAACGCCAACAUGGAGCGAUGGCGCACCCUGGGGGCCUGCGUCGGUGUUAGUGAAUGGGAAAUCAAGGGUGGAGAUGAGACUUUGACGACCAAAGAUGAUCAACCAUCUGCAUAGGCAGUUUGCACUAGCAUCGCGAUACUUUUCAACAUUCCAUGGCAGAGGAUAAAUAAAAUAGAGUUAGCCAUGAUGCAAUGAGCGAAUUCUACAGGAUUCCCGGAGAGGCUUCGCAAUUGAAGGAGUGUACAAAGAUCCUACAUGGUGCUGGAAAGGUCAUCUUCCGCCGAUCAGCCCAACAAACGGAGCAACGAAUGUAG